UCUGUUGACCAAUCAGAAACGGAGAGACUCCGAGUCGAAUCCAUCGAGUCUGCGACGUAUACAUAUUUCGGAAUGCAAGUUUAGUGAAAAGAUGGUGCUUUGAUGGUCGGAUUCGUUUCGUGAUCGUUCCUAGCCGACGACCUGUGGUUGCCAGCCAUAUUGUUUCAGCGCAGUGUUUGUUUUGGUGCAGCCUGCUCAGAACGAACAAAUCCACGGAGAUCGACACGAAGGAGGACAGAGGAACGAGAGUGCGAUCGAAGAAACUGUUCAGACAGUGUGCGUACACGGUGGUUUUGCUGUAUUUUUCGGCACGAUCAUCACAGUUCGCGAGUUAAUUCCGUGCGUGUAAUCCGAGUGUCAUUUCUGUGAACGGGACGGUAUAAAGAGAAAUGGCCUGCGCCACUCUCAAGAGAUCUUUGGAGUUCGACCCGGUGCAUAGUCAUGGUCGCCCUAGCAAGCGACGAAGAUGUGUACCGAUGUGUGUUUCCCCUGGUACAUCUACGCAAACUAAUUCCAGGCCACAGAAUCCUUCGCCCUUUGGUGAAGUAACCCAUAAACUAACUUCUGAGAAAAUGGCUGCCAAUAUAAAAGAAGAGAUUCGGAGACUGCAUCGACGCAAACAAUUGCAUUUUAGUCCUCAAAAUAAUGGUGGUGAUUCUUCAGACAUGGAAGGAAGUCCUUCAAGUCCGUCUGCAUGUGGUUCAAAUUCAUGUAGUUAUAGUCCUAGUGGAAAGGAGAAGCCUUUAUUCACAUUCAGACAAGUGGGUUUGAUCUGUGAGAGAAUGCUUAAAGAACAAGAAACACAGAUUCGAGAAGAAUAUGAUCAGAUUCUAAACAUGAAGCUCUCUGAGCAGUAUGAUGCUUUUGUCAAAUUCACCUAUGACCAGAUACAAAAGAGAUUUGAAUCUGCAGCUGCGCCAAGCUAUCUAUCCUAAAAGAAAUUCUUAUUUAUAAGGAUAUGUUUCUGUGAAGAAUAUUAGAUUUCUACUGUGUGAAACAAAUUUUGCUUGAAAUAAAAGUCGAGGUAUGCAGCAUUACCUCGUUCAAGAACAUCCUUAAGAAAAUUCAUAACAUCAUUUACAAUGAAAAAAUGCGUCUGGUAAAAAUGAUAAAAAAAGAAAAAAAUUAGUGAUGUAAGUUUAGUAGAUUUGCCGUAAACAACAAUCAUACUACAAAAAUCUACAGUGUAUACUACUGAAACUAACAAUAUUUGUACUGGCUGAUGUUAGAAAUGCGCUGGUAUCAGGGAACUGAACCAAGAUUCUAGUUAUGUACAAACGUAAAUACAUGUAGAAAUUACACACAGUGCAUAACUAUGCUUAGAGUCAAGAGUUUGACUUGCACAGGGUUCUGUAAUAUCACGUGAUUAAUUAAAAUCAAAUAAAUUUUCAUUUCUUGCACAUUUUAACGAAAAACGUUAAAAAGAAUUCAUAAUAUGUAAUUCCUUGUUAAUUUAACGAUAAACAACGUAUUAGGUGACUGCUCAAUUAUACGCGAAUACUCUUGUAAUGCAAAUUUAAAAUCUAUGUAUAACGAGGUUCUUUACAGAAAGUACUGUGCAUACAAAGAGAGAUUAUCGAAUACCAUACACCGGGGAAAGUUGUUUACAUUGAACCUUAGUUUUAUCUUAUUUUUGUAAAGUUUAUAGAAGGAACAUGUGCGAUAUAUUUGGAACGUCUCCUUCGGAUCAUUACGAUAAAGAUGUUUUUUUUUUUUCUUUUUUGUGUGUUUUAUUUCGUAUGUAAUCCUCAAAUGCAAGCAACAUUCCCCAGUCUAAAGUGAAUGUGUUCUUAAAUGACAUACAUGUAUAAGAACGUAUAGAACUAAAUAACAAUCCUUGAAAAUAAACUGGUUUCGUUCCUUUUAGAGAUCAGACGACUCGAGUAAACUCUAAAUGAAUAAUUAAAAUUUGAUUGUAAUAAUUAUUAAUAAGUUUCGUUGAAUUUUUGCUAUAUGUAUCGCCAUUUUUCUUUUUAGUAAAAAUAUCCUGUUCGAAAUACAAGUAUAGAAAUUUGUAAAGACAAGAUAAGGUAUAGUCUGUAGCAUUGUAUGAACAUAUUGUCAAAAAUGAGUAUUUGAAAUAAAGAUUUCAUAAAAUUUCGCAAACAUUUCUGUUCCCUGGUAGCAACGAUUUUCUUUAGCAUAACGAAGCGGUAAAAAAUGAAUAUAUAAUACUUGUACUUUAAUUGUGCCUAUCAUUAGACAUAUUUAUCAGGAUAAUUCUACUCUAGAUAUUACCCAGUGUUAUUGAUUUCUAAAUUUCUAGUUGACAAUUGUUUAUUUUUAAAUCAUACGUCCUUUUAUCAACAACAUUGCCUCUUUUUAUAUGUAAAAACAAACUCGGACGAUAAUAUUACGAACAAGUAAGACGAAUAAGUACUUUUUGCUUGCUGCAUUUAUAUUUCUGUUGUCGCAUUCACAUCGACACUCGUAUAAAGAUGAAAGAAACAGUAAGCACCAAGAAAUAAUUGUUGGAGGAACAUUGGCAUGCUACGUCUUUACAACUAUUUAAUAUUUGAAAUACUUUGUUUCAUCCAUCAGGAAUUUAUAUAUAAUUUUAGGAAGGGCAUUAAGAGUUGCCUUAUUUGUUCGCAAAAGAUUUCAGUUACCAGAACAAUUUGAGGAUACGAUGUUCAUACAAUAGUGCAUAUGAUAAAAGUGGUUGAAACGAGGAUACAAAAGAGACCAUUUUAGUUGUCGAACAUCUAUUCGAGAGAAAUUUCGUUGUUAAUUAUUAAACUGAACUUUGUGAAAAUAUUCCGUGAUACGUUAAGGAUUCAAGGAAUUUUUUUCGAUUAAAAUACCUCCAUAUUAUAUUAUGUAAGCAAUUAUUAUUGAAAUAAAUAUAAUUGUAAGACUGA